CAUGGCGCUGAAGUGCCAAGCUUGAGUUCCUGCUGAGUCGCCUAAGUUGCUAGGCCACCGGCUGUGACUCCUACUGGGUGUACGCUGCAAGAGAAGGACUCCACGAGACCUUGAAGCCACGCAAUGGAGGCAGUGACCUUUGAGGAUGUGGCUGUGAGCUUCACCAUGGAGGAGUGGGCUUUGCUGGAUCCGUCCCAAAAGGAGCUCUUCAGAGAUGUGAUGAGUGAAACGUUUAUGAAUGUGGCAGCUAUAGGUGGAGCAUGGGAUAACCAGGAAGUGGAGGAAGAAAGCAAAAAUGACUGGAGAAAUCAAAGAUAUGAAGAGUUGCAGAAAUAUUAUGCAUUAUAUAUGCCCACCAUCACUCUCACUGGACUGGAGACAUGUGAGCUUUGGGAAUCAGAAGAGAAGCUCUAUCAAUGUAAUGAACAUGGAAGGACCUGCAGUAGAUUUCAGUCCUCUCAGCAGGAUGCAAGGACAAAGACUGGAGAGCAAGCCUAUGAAUGUCAUCAAUGUGAGAAAUUCUACUCAUAUCUUAGUGUAAGAACUCAGCUUAGAGAAAUGACCUUUGUGUAUGAGGAAAACUUAAAAUCCUUCAGUACACCCAGUGAUGUUAAAAUCCAUGAAGGGAGACACACUUGGAAUAAACACUAUGUAUGUAAGCACUGUGGAAAAGCUUUUAGUCGAAAAUUUCAUUGUAAAUUACAUGAAAGGCUUCAUACUGGGGAGAAACCUUAUGUAUGUAAACACUGUGGGAAAGCUUUUAUUGCACAUAGAGACUGUAAAAGGCAUGAAAGUAUUCACACGCAGGAGAAACCCUAUGUAUGUAAACAAUGUGGGAAAGCUUUUAGUAUAAGUAGAUAUUGUAAAAUUCAUGAAAGAGUUCACUCUGGGGAGAAACCAUAUAUAUGUAAGCAAUGUGGCAAAGCUUUUAGUAGACAACUUUCAUGUAAACUACAUGAAAAACUUCACAGUGGGGAGAAACACUAUGUAUGUAAGCAAUGUGGGAAGGCUUUUAGUAUACAAAGUUACUGUAAAAGACAUGAAAGAAUUCACACUGGGCAUAAACCCUAUGUAUGUAAACAAUGUGGGAAAGCUUUUAGUAGACAAGAUGAUUGUAAAGCCCAUGAAAGGAUUCACACUGGGGAGAAACCCUUUGUAUGUAAACAGUGUGGAAAAGCUUUUACUGUACAUAGAGUUUGUAAAAGACAUGAAAGAAUUCACACUGGAGAGAAACCCUAUGUCUGUAAGCAAUGUGGGAAAGCUUUUAGUACACAAAGUUCAUGUAAAGCACACGAAAGCCUUCAUACUUUGGAAAAGCCCUAUAUAUGUAAGCAGUGUGGGAAAGCUUUUAGUAUACAAAGCUAUUGUAAAAGACAUGAGAGAAUUCACACUGGAGAGAAACCCUAUGUCUGUAAGCAAUGUGGGAAAUCUUUUACUACACAAUAUAAUUGUAAAACACAUGAUAGGAUUCAUACUGGGGAGAAACCUUAUGUAUGCAAACAGUGUGGGAAAGCUUUUACUGUACAAAUUUAUUGUAAAAGACAUGAAAGAGUUCACACUGGGGAGAAGCCCUAUGUGUGUAAGCACUGUGGAAAAGCUUUUACUACACAAUUUUCUUGUAAAUCACAUGAAAGGCUUCACACUGAGGAGAAGCCCUACGUAUGUAAGAAAUGUGGUAAAGCUUUCCUCACGUCUGUUGAUUGUCAGAAACAUAAAAGAAUCCAUGCCAUAUAGAAAAUCUGUAUAUGUAAGCAGUGUGGGAAAGUUUUCGCUACAGAAGCUUGGGGAACUGUAUGUAUAUUAUUUGGGGGAGCUUUGCUAUCAAAAUUUAUUGUAAGUUACAUGAAUGAAUUCACACUGGGGAAAACUGCGCCUUACAAGAAAGGAUGGGAAAGCAGGAGAGAUAGCUCAGCAGCAUAAGUGCCUGCCUGACAGUCACAAGGUUUUGAGUUUGAUCCUGCGUACUACAAAAAAAUAAAGACAGGAAAAGAAGACAUAUGUGCUAGGAAUGUGACUAGUAUUUGGGUAUGGGAUAUUCUGUUGUCAUCUGUGAAGACAGCCCUGGGUGUGACAGUUGAAGCAAAGUAUUAUUUCUUCAGUAGACUUUUGUUUGUACUUACAUUGUAGUUCACAUAGGCUUUUAUUUUUUGAUGUUAUCUUUCAUGUUUUGUAUGCAGCUAAACAGCUUAUAUGAAAAUGCUGAUAUCUAUUCUAAAUGCCUAGUACAUAUUAAGAAUUUAAUAUUUUAUUUUAUUGCUAUUUUAUGUUCCUGGUAACUAUGCACUAUAUAAUAGGAACCUCCUGAUAAAACAUCAAGACCACUGAGAUACCAAGUAGGUCAGAGAAAAAGUUUAAAAAAGCAAAACACGUGUGCUGUCAUGUAAGCAAUACAUGUGUAUGGAACAUGUGUCUGUCACAUGUGCAGAUUGCCUUAACUGUGAUAACUGAAGUAAAGAUUUUUUUGUAGAAUGGUAUUUUCAUUGUACUUCAUAUAAAAUUUAUUUGUUCCUUUUUAGACUUUGUGCACCAAAAAACCAUUAAUGUUGAACACUUUGAUGCUUUUUUUUGUACCAGGAAUUGAAUUCAGGACCUUAUACUUGCCAGGCAGGAGCUUAUACUGUUGAGCUACUUUGCUGUUGCUCUUGAUGCUUUUUUAAAACAAUAA